GAAAGCCAGUGCAAGUUUGUUUCUACCACUGGCGCGUUGGAGUUACAAAUUCAUAUUUUGAUAGUCUUGGGCAAUAAAGAACUGCCAAGUGGCCAUAAAAAAGGACCCCUAUUCACCGAGUCAUACUCAUACAACGAUUUGCAAGGCCAUGAUCUAUUUCUUCACCAAACCCAACACUCUGCUUGGUGGAAAGGAAAACUCCGUGACUUUUGUACAAGCCUCUUUCAAGCACACUCUUCUAAUGGCUCGAUCUGCACUGGACGAGAUGUCAGAAUCUGGUGCUUUUAUGAGAACUGCAUCAACAUUCCGUAAUUUUGUCACCCGAGACCCGAACUCCCCAUUCCCAGCAGAAUCUGGAAGAUACCAUCUGUAUGUAUCAUAUGCCUGUCCUUGGGCAUCCAGGUGCCUUGCCUACUUGAAGAUCAAAGGACUUGACAAAGCCAUCAGUUUUACGUCAGUGAAACCCAAAUGGGAAAGAACAAGGGAUACAGAUGAGCAUAUGGGGUGGGUGUUUCCUGCUUCUGAUACAGAGGAACCUGGAGCUGGACCUGACCCUUUGAAUGGAACCAGAAGUAUAAGAGAACUUUACGAGCUAGCAAGCACAAACUACUCAGGAAAAUACACAGUUCCUGUUCUAUGGGAUAAGAAGCUCAAAACAAUUGUGAACAAUGAGAGUUCAGAGAUAAUCCGCAUGUUCAAUACUGAAUUCAAUGAUAUAGCAGAGAAUCCAUCUUUGGACCUUUAUCCUCCCCAUUUGCAAGCCCAGAUCGACAAGAUCAAUGACUGGAUAUACAGUGGGAUAAACAAUGGUGUCUACAAAUGUGGGUUCGCCAAAAAACAGGAGCCUUAUGAUGAGGCUGUGAAAAACUUGUAUGAAGCAUUGGACAAAUGUGAAGAGAUACUCAGCAAGCAACGAUUCCUUUGUGGGAACACGCUCACUGAAUCUGAUAUUCGAUUGUUUGUCACCCUUAUCAGAUUUGAUGAGGUUUAUGCAGUUCAUUUCAAAUGCAACAAGAAACUUCUCCGCGAGUACCCAAAUCUGUUCAAUUACACGAAAGAAAUUUUCCAGAUCCCAGGUAUGAGCAGCACUGUACACGUGGAACAUAUCAAGAAGCAUUACUAUGGAAGCCACCCUUCUAUCAAUCCUUUUGGGAUCAUCCCUCAAGGGCCAGAUGUAGACUACUCUGCUCCCCAUGACAGAGAGAGGUUUUCUUCAUAGAUUCAAUCGUUUGGGGCUUGAAGUUGAGUGUUUCUUUCCACUGCUGAGUUGAAUGCCUUAUAGGCUCUGUUUGUUUCUAGAGAAAAUGACACCUUUGUAAAGGAUGGUAUAGACGAUAUUGGCACGUGUAGAAUGCCACUAAAUAUGUGAGAAAAUUUUCUAUUUUUAAAUAAAUAAUGAAUAGUUUACCUUUCA